CUUUGUUACUGUGUAAACGGACUGCACGUACCUGGAGCGCUGCGGGCGCCCGAUAAGCGCCUGAAUGGAGGUGAUGUCACGGUGAGGCAGGCGCCGGCCCACCCUCGCCGAGAGAAAGGAGCCGAGCACCGGGAGGCCAGCGCGAGAGCGAGCGACCGAGCGCGGCCAGCUUAGCCAGGGUCCCAGGGAGAGGCAGGCCCUGCGCCCUGAGCCCCCGCCCGGACCCGCCACCCCAGGCCAGGGCUGGGCCUGGCCCCGCGCCCCGCGCCCUGCGCCCAGUCCCUCUCACCCCGCCCGCGCCCCGCCAGGGGCUGGAGUUGGCCCCAAACGCCGAGCCGGAGCCGGGCCGGCGGCGCGUCCCAGGGAUCCAGCUGGAGCCUGGCCUGGGAGCCGGGAUGGCCAUCCACAAAGCCUUGCUGACGUGCCUGGGGCUGCCCCUCUUCCUAUUCCCAGGGGCCCAGGCCCAGAACCACGCCCCACCUGGCUGCAGCCCGGACCUCAACCCCCUCUACUACAACCUGUGUGACCGCUCCGGGGCUUGGGGCAUCAUCUUGGAGGCAGUGGCUGGUGCGGGCAUUGUCACCACUUUUGUCCUCACCAUCAUCCUCGUGGCCAGCCUCCCCUUUGUGCAGGAUACCAAGAAGCGGAGCCUUCUGGGGACCCAGGUGUUCUUCCUGCUGGGGACCCUGGGUCUCUUCUGCCUCGUCUUUGCCUGCGUGGUGAAGCCCGACUUCUCCACCUGUGCGUCUCGGCAGUUCCUCUUUGGGGUCCUAUUCGCCAUCUGUUUCUCCUGCCUCGUGGCCCACGUCUUUGCCCUCAACCUCCUGGCCCGGAAGAACCAUGGGCCCCGGGGCUGGGUGAUCUUCACCAUGGCUCUGCUGCUGACCCUUGUGGAGGUCAUCAUCAACAUGGAGUGGCUGAUCAUUACGCUGGUCCGGGGAGGUGGCGAGGCGGGCAACCUGGGCAACGGCAGUGCUGGCUGGGCCGUGGCCUCCUCCUGUGCCAUCGCCAACAUGGACUUUGUCAUGGCGCUCAUCUAUGUCAUGCUGCUGCUGCUGGGCGCCUUCCUGGGGGCCUGGCCUGCCCUGUGUGGCCGCUUCAAGCGCUGGCGUAAGCACGGGGUCUUUGUGCUGCUCACCACGGCCACCUCCAUCGCCAUCUGGGUAGUGUGGAUUGUCAUGUAUACCUACGGCAACAAGCAGCACAACAGCCCCACCUGGGAUGACCCCACCCUGGCCAUUGCCCUCGCUGCCAAUGCCUGGGCCUUUGUCCUCUUCUACGUAAUCCCUGAGAUCUCCCAGGUGACCAAGCCCAGCCCGGAGCAAAGCUACCAGGGGGACAUGUACCCCACGCGGGGUGUGGGCUACGAGACCAUCCUGAAGGAGCAGAAGGGCCAGAGCAUGUUCGUGGAGAACAAGGCGUUUUCCAUGGACGAGCCAGCCUCAGCUAAGAGACCGGUGUCACCGUACAGCGGGUACAAUGGGCAGCUGCUGACCAGUGUGUACCAGCCCACCGAGAUGGCCCUGAUGCACAAAGGCCCGUCCGAAGGAGCUUACGAUGUCAUCCUCCCGCGGGCCACCGCCAACAGCCAGGUGAUGGGCAGUGCCAACUCGACCCUGCGGGCUGAAGACAUGUAUACGGCCCAGAGCCACCAGGCCGCCACUCCGCAGAAAGAUGGCAAGAACUCUCAGGUCUUUAGAAACCCCUACGUGUGGGACUGAGUCAGCGCCAGGAGGCUGGCAACUUGGGGAGGGCCCUCAGGACCUGGCGAGAGACUCCCCAGGAGCCCCGUGCUCUCCCCCCUGCCCCCUCGCUGGCUUGGGGCAGCUUGUGCCUCCGCCAUGAUGCCUCCCUGUCUGCCAAUGUUUGGGUGGAUGUCCUGGGUGUCCCCCACCCCCUCCUCAGUGUUUGUGGAAUCCAGGAGCCAACCCCAACUUCAUGCCAGGGUCACCUCUGGCGGUCAUGCUCCAGCCAAAUAGUGUUCUUGGGGUGGCGGCCGGUCAGUGCCUACAUUCUCUGGAGUCUUUGGAGAGAUUCCUGCAACCUCGAGCGAUUUUGCAGGCGCGUCUGUCCUGGGUCUUGCUCCUCUGUGAGGAACAUGGGUGCCUAAUAAACACAUUUCUGCUUUAUUAACCCUU